AUGAUUUGGUGCGAGGCAGUGUUAUUUCCAGCUCUGAAGGUUCUUUUUGACAAAUUAGCUUCAGGGGAUAUCUUAAACAUACUUAAAGUAUGGAAUGUUAAUGAAAUGUUACUUGACAAACUUAAGAUUUCUUACUUUAUCAAUACAGCUGUUCUUGAUGAUGCAGAAGAGAAACAGUACCUCAAUCCAGCGGUCGAGACUUGGAUCGAUAUGCUCAGAGAUGCUGUCUUUGAAGCUGAGGAUAUUCUUGAUGAACUAGCUACUGAAGCCUUGAGAUGCAAACUAGAGCCAGAUUCUCAAAAAUUUUCUCAGCAGAUGUGCAGGGGUACUCCAAGUACUCCUUUGUUACUUAGAUCACAUGUUUAUGGAAGAGUUGCUCCAUUUUGUGUUAUUCCUCUUAUUGGUAUGGGAGGGAUUGGGAAGACAACUCUUGCUCAGAUUGUCUAUAAUGACAAGAGAAUUUGUGAGGAGUUUGACGUAAAAGUGUGGGCUUGGGUGUCUGAUGAUUUCAGUGUAGCAAGUAUAACCAAGUCAUUGCUUGAAUCUGCUACUGCAAAACCCUUCGACACGAAUAGUUUGGAAAUUAUUCAGAAUGGUCUGAAGAAUCUGUUCAGCAGUAAGAGAUUUUUGAUUGUUUUGGAUGAUGUAUGGUGUGAGAGCUGUGAUGACUGGAAUGAACUUUUAAUCCCUUUCUUCGAGGGAGAUAAAAGAAGUAAAAUAAUCGCGACAACACGAAAUGAAGGAGUUGCAUCAAUCACUGGAAUGCUUGCACCUUACCAUUUGCAGGAAAUGUCACAUGAUCAUGCUUUUGGUGUUCGAGGCAUGGAGAUGAAUCCGAGAUUGAAACAAAUUGGAGAAGAGAUUGUUAAGAGGUGUAAAGGCUUGCCUUUAGCUAUCAAGACUCUAGGAGAAGGGUUCUUGCAGCCAAUGGCGCAGAUAACUAUGGAGGAAGUGGGAAAUGGAAAUUUUACUGAACUGCAAUCGCGGUGCUUUUUCCAAGAAUCCACGCAAAAUAGAUCUCUCUUUGUGAUGCAUGAUCUAGUACAUGAUUUGGCACUUAGUGUUUCCAGGAGAACAUGUAUUCAGCUGGAGAAUCCAUUGGAUUUUUGA